UAGAGACUUCCGUUGAUCAUCUCUUAUCUUUCUAUCGGCGAAAGUUGAUACUUCAAAUUGAUUCUUACUUUGACUUUUCAGAUUGAUUUUCCAUAUUGAAUUUUAUUUUCGACUUUUCAGAUUGAACUUUUCACUUAUUUUCAAUCUUCAAACGACCACCAAAGCCUGAAAAACAACAUGUCGUCUCCUGCCAGCGACAAUACUAUAGCGACUGCCGACGAUGACAUCCACAUUGAUGAAGACGAAAACGUCGAAAAGCCUACUAGUUCUAGAUCUUCUAAAUCCAAAGCUUCUUCCAAUGGCUCGUCCAGUAAGAGACAGAAGCCAGGACCGUCAGUGGGAAAGAAGCCUACGGCCGAAGUCCUCCAGCGCAGAAAAGAAGGCAGAAUAAAGGCUGCAGCCACAAUUGCACAGAACUUGAAAAAGACUGGGAUUGGCAGAUUUGAGGAACAGAACGGGUUUGCCUUCACUUCUGUAAAGCCCGUACCCUUGCUCAACCAGAAGAACUACUUUACAGAAUACUUGAGAAGAGACGAUCAAGUCUCGUUUGUAAGAAAUAGAAGAGCCGAACUUAACCAGAGACAAAAUGCCACACUGAAGAAAGCAAAUGGCGCCAACACAGAAACCCAGAGCACUGAUCCACAGAACUUUGACGAUUUCGACUUGAACAACAUCGAAGCCGAAAUGAAUAGGAAGAAGGCAGAAUUGUUAGCUGAUGAAGAUGACGACGAUGAAGAUGAAGAAAAUGAAACAGAAGAAGCACAGGAAGAGAAGGCAAAGAUCGGCCAUGAUGUCAUUGUUAUCCACCCUGGCUCCUCCUAUAUACGGAUAGGAAGAGCCACCGAAGCCGUGCCAGAGACAAUUCCUGCCGUUAUUGCUGUGCCCAAUAGUGUGCAUCACGAGCCUAAACCUCCAACGCCACUCAGAACUGUAGGUAAUGACGGAGAAGCAUACUUCAACGAUACAUUUGAUGAGAUCAAAAAUGUAGUCACCAAGAACUUCAAAGCCAGAAUGAGGUACUAUAAAAGAAGGGUUUUGCCUAACUCCAGGGAAACGGCUGCUAACUACAAUAAGAAACAGGAAUCAGAACGUAUUCCCGACCACAAUGAUCCAUACAAGAAAGAAUGGUUAGACAUCAACAGUGCUGAGUAUAGCUCUAAAAAGUUCUUCGUAGGAGAAGAGGCUCUUAAACUUCCACUCAACCCCAAGAAGUUUGAGAAGUUUAAACUCAGAUACCCCAUCAUCAAUGGUAACUUCAACAUCUAUUCUGAAGACUAUAACUCACCACAAGAAAUCUUGGGUGACCUUGCCAGCAUCUUGUUGGAGUCGUUAGAUCAACUUGAAAUUAGGAAUCUUCUGCAGUUGAAGGCUAUUCUCGUCAUACCUGAUUUCUACGACAAACAAUACGUGGAAGCCUGGGUAGACACCUUGUUCAAGUUUGUAGGUUUUGGUAGAGUAGGCAUUAUUCAGGAGGCCGUCGCAGCCACCUUUGGUGCUGGUGCUACAUGCGCAUGUGUAGUAGACGUUGGUGCUCAUACGACUACCAUCAGUUGUGUGGACGAAGGCAUGAUCAUCAAUGAUUCACGAGUCUUGUUGAACUACGGAGGUGACCAGAUCACCGAAUGUUUCAUAAAGUUGUUGUUGGAAAACUCUUUCCCGUACAAGGAAAUUGACUUAGGCAGUAGAGUUGAUGACUGGGAAUUGGCUCAGACAUUGAAACACAAUUUUGUUACUUUUCAGGAUGCUGAUAUCGCUGUGCAGUUGUACAAUUUCUACAAGCGUAAGCCGUUUGAAACGACGGAAAAAUUCGACUUCAAGGUCUUUGACGAAGUAAUGUUGGCUCCCUUGGGACUUUUUUAUCCUGAAUUCUUCCAAAUUGACCACGAAGAUUUUGGCGAAAAGAGGCUCUUCAGACCUUCUACAGAUCAAUACACUGGCAAACUAGAUAACCCAAUUUCUCGUUCUCAGAAUAACUUACGAACUAGAUUGUCGUUUGCUGAUAUGAACGAGGAAGACUUGUUGGUCAGGCUCAACGAACUGAAGGGGACAACUGGAGAACAAGAUCCAGUAGAAGAGUUCUCCGGAGAAUCUAAUUUAAGAAGAGUACCCUUGGAGAAGGCUAUCAUUGAGUCUAUCACCAAUGCCGGUUUGUCUACGGACUUAAACAAAAUCAAAAAGCUCUAUGACAACUUGUUGAUUGUAGGUGGGGGAUUCGCCAAGAUUUCUGGUUAUGAUCUUAUUCUUUCGGACCGUAUCAAUAUCUGGAGACCCAAGUUCUUAUCCAGCAGUUCACUCGACAAGAUUUUGGAGUAUGUCAAUACCGAAACCAAAAAAACUGAAGAAAAGAAAAAGGCAUUGAUCCACGAGUUGAAACUUAAGAAACAAGAAAACCCAGAACAGAAUCUAGAUGAAGUGCAACUCACAGAGGAAGAGUUUGAACAGAUCGAGCAAAAGUCCGAGCUCAAGUUGGACUUGGACUAUGUAGAUUCUAUCUACGAUCAAGGAUCAUUGUUGCCUGUCAAUGUGUUACCACCUCCCAGAGAGUUUGAUCCAGACAUGUUGACUUGGAAAGGUGGAAGCGUCUAUGCUCGUUUGAAGGUGGUUAAUGAGAUGUGGAUCACCUCCAGCGAAUGGGAUAUGCUUGAAACGAGAUGUUUGUACUACAAGAGUUUGUUCAAUUACUAGAUGGUUAAUGGUUUACCAGACGGUUCAUUGUCCAGAAUCUUUCAAUUUGCCAUUAGUUAAUUGUUUAAUUGUCUUAGAGUCCUUUAUUUGAAAAGUAUUUAAAGAUUAAUUAUAUGUAUUAUUAUCCCAAAGUAAUUGUAUACUUAUAUAUGUUUACCAUAAGGUACCAAGCCUUGAAUGCAAAAGUGAUAAAAAAGUUUUGAUAAGUUAAAUGCAAAGACAUUGCUAUUCUUUUCUCAGGAGAACGAAUAGGCUAGCAUGGAGAAUAGAAUUUAGUAGUCAAGCGACAUUUUUGGCUUUUUUGGAGCACUCAAAGUAGCUCCAGCCAACACCGGAGUCAGUUGACGGGAGAAUUUCAAAUUUGUUCCGUUGAUCAGACCGAUUGCUGGACUAGUAGUCUUCAAGGACAAGUUGAUGGGGCUUACACUGUUGGAGCGAGUUUCUUCUACAGACAAUCCUUUAGACUUGAGUGUCGACUUCUUGUGCUUGGACAAGUUCAUGAUGUUUGACUUCAGCUUGAUUUCAUUGUCAAAGUCCCAAAGUGUCUUUUUCCAUUGUGAGAGCUGCGAAUGCAACUCAAAGAGUUUGACAAGUGCCUUCUUGUUGGCAUCAGUAGACUUUGCAGGUGUGGCGUUCUUGAGUUUCUGGUAGAGUGUCUCAUACUCCUUGUACUUGAACUUGAACUUCAUGGCAAGAUUAGUGUAAUAGUCCAUUCUUUUUGAAGUUGAAAUGGUAGAAGAUGGAGGCAAUGGGACCGAAUCGUUAGAUCUGAUACGUGGAGUGUUACGCAAGACAGAACUGGUAGAAUUGUUGCUGCUGGAGCUGAUAUUAGAUGUUACAGUAGAGCCAGAUAUGUUUCCGGACGAAUCGUCUUCGAUUUCUUC